AUGUCCGAGCCUAUUCGCAACAAGAAGCUUGAUUUGCCCACAGCACCGACACCACAGAAUACCCCCGCCCAAAAUGCUCCUAUCUCUUCACAUGCUCAGCAGCCCGGCAUUGCCAGCAUAAAAGAAGAGGAUCUCGAUAAGGCAGCCGCCGCUUCAAUCUUUGCCCAAAACCCCAAACUUGUCAAUUUGAUUCAAGGUAAACUUGGCACGCUCGUCGGUCGAUCUUCGGGCUACGUAGAGUCACUGCCGGCGACUGUACGCCGUCGAGUCGCAGGUCUCAAAGGUGUACAGAAAGAGCAUGCCAAGCUUGAAGCUGAAUUCCAGGAGGAAGUCUUAGAGCUCGAAAAGCGAUUUUUUAAGAAGUACAGUCCAUUGUACGAAAGGAGGGCGAGGAUCGUUAAUGGCACUGCGGAACCGACCGAAGAGGAUGUCAAAGCGGGCGAGAAGGAGGAGGAGGACGAUAACGACGACGACGAUGAGGAGAGUACGAAACCAGAUGCCGCUGCAGACAAAGAGGAGGAAGAUAUGAAAGGCAUUCCGGAAUUCUGGCUAUCGGCCAUGAAGAACCAGGUCUCACUUGCAGAAUUGAUCACGGAUGUCGACGAGCCAGCGCUGAGCAAACUCACUGACAUUCGAAUGGAAUAUCUGGAAAAGCCUGGCUUUCGUCUGAUAUUUGAGUUUAGUGAUAACGAAUUCUUCACUAACAAUGUUUUGACGAAAACAUACUUCUACCAGGAAGAGAGCAGUUAUGGUGGCGAGUUCAUAUAUGACCAUGCAGAAGGAGACACAAUAGACUGGAAGGUUGGCAAGGAUCUCACAGUGAAGAUAGAGCAAAAGAAACAACGCAACAAGAACACCAAGCAGACUCGAGUUAUAAAGAAGACUGUGCCAAGAGAUUCCUUCUUCAAUUUCUUCAACCCACCCAAGGCUCCAGAAGGCGACGAAGAUGAAACUUCUUCUGACAUCGAAGAGCGAUUAGAAUUAGACUAUCAGCUUGGCGAGGAUGUCAAGGAGAAGCUCAUCCCACGUGCAAUUGAUUGGUUUACUGGAGAGGCGCUCCAGUUCGAAGGCCUGGAUGAGGACGAUCUAGCCGAGGGAGAAUUUGAGGAUGAAGACGAUGACGACGAUGAGGAGCUAAGCGAAGAUCGCGACGAUGAAGAGGAGUCAGAAGACGAGGAUGACACUUCGAAACCGAAGCAAGAAGCCGCAGAAUGCAAGCAAAGUUAA